AUGGCGAGAGGGACGGCGGUCACUUACCUACAUGGAGUCCUUCUCCUGGCUCUGUGGAAACCCUCACUCCAAGGAGGUAGGUGCCCUUUAAGUGUAUGCAUGCAGAGCUAUGCAGCGCAACACCUGUGGAUGGGACAGUAGAUUUUUUUAAGGCACAUUAACCUUAUGCCCCUUUUUUAAAAGAGGAGGGAUGCACAUACUCAGGUUAUCUUGUCUUUAAUAAGCAGAUCAUUGCAUUCUGGAUCAGAUUUGCUCAUUUUAGGAGCUGCAGAACAUGUGAUUAGAUUAUUGAUAAUCAAAUGAUGAUGAAGAGGUUGCCUAAUAUUCUGCUAAGAGAUAUGCAGCUGCAGAGUUGUGAUGACCUUCUACACACAUUUCAAAGGAUGCACACAGCAAGAAAUUUUAAAAUAAUUCCAUCAUCUCACUGGUUACCAGAAAAGUGACCUUACUUUUUGCAGUCACAUGAGAUUUCUAACAUCAUAAAAACAUGCAGUCAGUUUUCACCAGAUUUUCAGGGUUUUGAAGAAGUUUCGCGGUACAGACUAAGCAUGUGUGAAUAGAUUUGUAAUCCCUGAACCAGAUGUAGAAAUUAUUCAGUGUUGUCAUCAAACUGACAAUCUGAUUAAGACAAAUGAUUUAUUGAUACAAUUUAAAAUACAGCCACAUAAAAUUCAACCCCCUUUUGUUUAUAUAGAUGAAAGGAAUUACCCCCCCAGGUCCAGCUCCUCUUCAGACUCGAGGUCUCACCAACAUGGGAACAAUUAAAGCCUUUAAUGAGAUACAACACCUUAUUAAAAGCUCUGACUAUAACCAUGUGCGUCAGACGUCAACCCACCUGAUCGUUUCUCUUGACUCUUUGAGCCUCGAGUUUUUCGCCCGUACUAAAGAUUCCCAGUAGUCUCUUCUUUGACUCGUUACAGCGGAGCGCAGAGGGGGGUUGAAAAGUUGUCCAAGGCUGUGGCGUAACUUGAAUAAAUACAAGGUCAGGUUGAACCGCUGCUCGGUCAGUAGAGAAUCAGGAGACAAGUCACCGUCUUUGAUGCAAAGAGUAACUGCUCACCAAUCAAACUGCAGAAACCACAAAUUUGAGAACAUUUUGUGUAGGAGUAGGAUGAAGAGUCAGAUAUUCUGAAUGGUUUGCUAAAACUACGAAAUCCUGAACUAAAUUCUAUAUCGAUAUAUCCUAUAACAUCAGGGAAUCACAAAUGCCUUUAUCCAUAUUUUUGCUAGUUGGUGCAAAAUUUGUUGACUUCAAACUGGAUGAAAUUUUGGACUCUUGAAAUAAUGCGAAAAGACAAUUAGGAUAGGACAAAGGAUCUCCAGAGGCAGUAAUGUUUCUCUGAUGGGGAUGCAAUCAAUUUUGCAACCCAGGAGUGUUCCAAUACUUCAGUAUAGGUGGUCUAACUAAGUUACCACAUCACUAUAGUGGCUCAAAAACACUACAGUAGGAUAUCGUAGGCCUAUUUAACAAAAUGAGACAAAUAUUACCUACUAAUGGGAUUUUAAUGUUACAGAAGAGAUAUAAUCUUCUCAAAGCAGCGAGCAAUCCCUACAUCCCUACAAUCCCUCCAUUUCCAAGAAAAACAUUCUCAUCUCAUGUAUAUGAUAAACCCACAUUUGAAAGAUGUGAGUUCAUAGUUUUACCCGUCUAAUAAAUUUGAUGGAAGAGUCCUCCCAAAAUAACCGAAAGUUUUGGGGGUGGAGGAUUCUGUCCAGCAGAAUCCAGCGGGCAAGAGCUGAAUGACUAAACAGUUCAGUUAUUUACAACUUGUUGUUAAUGUGCUGUACAUGGCACUCCUGUGAGAUCAGUUACUCACAUUCUUUCAGGAAUCCCAAUGGACCUCUUCUUUUCACAUCUGGACUGUGGGAUCCUAAAAAAAACCUUUCCUUUUAUAGUUAUUUGCUUUCUGUGUUCUAUUUUUGGCUAUUGUGAUUUGUGAAAUAGGAUAUAGGUGCAGAAUAAAGAUGAGGGUUAUUACUGAAGGAAAGGAGCGUGCAUAAAGAAUUUGUUAUCAGCUGUGGAAUAACUCAGACUCACGCAGAGCACAGGAUAGAUAAUCACUGCUACACACUGAAAUUAGGUCAUACACACACUUAUCUUCUUGUCUAUCUAUGUGUUUUAUGGGGUGCUGGCAAAGAGAAGGAAAUCAUACCUAAGGAUGACUCAUAAGUACCACAAAGCCUGAAAACAACAACAACAACCAUGCUCAACUGUUGUUUGUAUGCUGAAAAUCAAAUUCCCUGUGUCGCUCACGUUGAAGGAAAUAUGUUUUUUUUUUACUUUUGUCACAACACUCAGAUAUUUGUUCGUUGUGGUUGGUGUUUUUAACUUAAAGGUCCUGUGGUUUGUGUUGAUUUUGGUGCUCCAUGCAGACAAUCUGUAUGUUUACCGUAUCUUGUAUGUGUCAAACUGCCAAAUUUAUCAGUCUUUGGGAAUAUUCAGUAACUACAAAACUGUUUUGGCAGCGUUGCGUAAACCACCUCAAUGUCAAUCAAGCGACAGCAGUUCAGGCAAGAAAAUUACAACACAGAGUUGUCUGAGGAUCUGGUUUCCUUAUGCAGUUUAUAAAGAGAUUUUACUAUUUAUUUUAGUUUGUUCCAUAAAACUCCUCAGAGCAGAGAAGUAGUAAUACCUCUGAACUAUUUUUAGAAUGACACUUCUGUUGCCCGUUGUAUGACUAAAAACUGAACCUGUGUAUUAGGUGUAUAUGUACCUACUGGUGGGGCAGCAGGAGGAGCUGGUACGGGAACUGGAUUCGGACCAGGUGGGACUGGAUUUGGCCCUGGGGGAGCUGGGACAGGGUUUCAGCCAAGUGGAGGAGCAGGACUUGGAGUAGGAGGAGCAGGUGCUGGUCUAGGAGGUCUUGGACCAGCGACCGGUGCAGGUAUGUGCCAUUUGUGUUUUCUGUUAAAUUUAGCAAUAAAUUGAUACUGAAAUUAUGUUAUGAAUUAAGAGCAGAGAUAUUCAAAUGUGGAAUCAGAUUCCAGAUGUCUUUCUGUUCAUGGAAACUGGGGCUAAUGUAUUUACUACUAAAUUUAGGGUUCUACCAGAAUUAAUUAAUGUGCUGUAACUUUCACAUUUCUUAGUUUAAUAACAUCAAGUCUAUUUAACUCAGGGGGCUAUGGUGGACGAGGUCCAGGUGGAGUUGGACCUGGAGGAUUCGGACCAGGUGGAGUUGGUCCAGGAGGAUUCGGACCAGGUGGAGUUGGACCAGGUGGGGUCGGCCCAGGAGGAGUUGGUCCAGGAGGAGUUGGACCAGGUGGGGUUGGACCAGGUGGAGUUGGACCAGGAGGAUUUGGACCAGGUGGAGUUGGCCCAGGAGGAGUUGGACCAGGUGGAGUCGGCCCAGGAGGAGUUGGACCAGGUGGGGUAGGACCAGGAGGAGUUGGACCGGGAGGAUUUGGACCUGGAGGAGUUGGCCCAGGAGGAUUUGGUCCAGGUGGAGUCGGCCAAAGAGGUAAGACAGCUGUCAAUGUUUGACAUUAUGAUCAAGAUGUCUAGUCCAGUAGAAUUUCCAUAGUAAAAAUUCUGUAAUAAAUGUUAUUUACUCUCUUCUUACAGGUGGAAAGCCUCCAAAAACAGGUAAAAACCAUCAUGAGAGAGCUUUUUUAUGGAACAUGAAUGAUAUUUAUGAUUUAUAUCUGUGGAAAAUGUCUCAAUCGUUGUAUGUGUAACAACAAACUUACACCUCAGACUGAGUUUUGACUUGGUUUUUGUAUCAACCUGAAGGAGUUGGCUAUGGUGGUCAAGGAGGAGUGGCCGGAGGGUUUGGAGCAAGGCCAGGAGGGGGUGUAGGGGGAGGACUGGGACCAGGUGGAGUUGGACCUGGAGGAUUUGGACCAGGUGGAGUCGGACCUGGUGGAGUUGGACCAGGUGGAGUCGGCCCAGGAGGAGUUGGACCAGGUGGAGUCGGACCUGGAGGAUUCGGACUGGGUGGAGUUGGACCAGGUGGGGUUGGACCAGGUGGAGUUGGCCCAGGAGGAGUUGGUCCAGGUGGAGUUGGUCCAGGUGGUUUCGGACCAGGCGGUGUUGGAGCUGGAGGCUUUGGAACUGGGCCUGGAGGAGUUGGACCAGGUGGUUUUGGACCAGGUGGACAAGGCACAGGUAUGGAGUUCGAUCUUUAGCAUUGAAAUAUAUUUUGUGAUUAAAAGCAAAGGGCUUUAUAAUUUCUUGAAAGAUUAAAUAAUGGGGUGGUGCCAUUGUUGUACAAACUAUUGAAAUUUGCGAACAUUUGAAAGAAAGGAACAGUUAACAGUGUGCACAGACGAUAUGGAAACACUUUGCAAUAACUAUAAUUCAUAAAUGGAAAAUUGAUCAUUUAUUAAUGUUUAAUCAGCAUUUAAAUACAGCAUAUAGACCAAAUAUAAAUGGCAAAUAGAUAGUUUAAUAACGUGAAUUAAUAGUUACUUUACCAUUAACAAGCAAUGAAAUUAAUAAAUAGUCUAUUAAUAGUUAAUGAAAAUUAUCAAUCAUAAAGGUUUAUAUUGGGUUAAAAUGUUGGUUGUAAAAAUAUGUGUCAGUAGCACUUUGUAAAUGGUUAGUAUUUGGUUUUUAAACCAUCAUUAAACAUUAAGUAUUGUAAAGUUGCAACUGAUGUUUGUAAUACUUUGUAAAUGAUUAAUAAGUGGUUUUUAAACCACCUAUAAACAUUACUUAGAUGGUUAUUGUAAAGUUAGGGUUAGGGUUAGUUAGGUUUUCAAAAUUGUGAAAUUUACAAUUUACUAAAGGUCUAUAUGCUUUUUAUAAAUGACGAUUAAACAUUAACAAACAAUCUUCUUACCAUUCAUAAAUAUAAGUUAUGGUUAUUGUAAAGUGUUACCGAGGAUCAGAUCACUCAAGACAGCCAGAUAAUUAGUUAAUUUGUUUUAUUCGUCUGAUUGCUCUAUAGGAACAGCAGCCAUCUACAAAACCACCUUCAUAAAUACCGUUUUAGAUCUAAAAUCUUGUUUCAAUAUCUAGUUAGCUCAUAUCCUAUUAACAGAUUUCCAGCUAUGUUUAUGUCUCUCACAAUAAGUGGAAGUUCCCCUCUUAUAACAUGGAUCGGUGGUUGGCCCUUGUACUGUAAAUAUUGUUCCUCUGGUUGAAUCAAUGGAGCAGGAUAAGAGUUGCAUACAUGUACCAUUAUUUCAUUUCCUUGUUACCUCAAGGUUAUAACCUAUUGUUGAGGGGCCACCCACCCUCAUGUGCACCCGCACACUGUGCAGUGAUAAAGGCUAAUGCAUUAGGCAUGGCAGGUCCCUGAUAAAGGACGGAAGUCAUCACGUCAGUCAGAAAGACCACUUAGCUUUGGAAUAUCAGGCCUCUCUGUUUUUCAACCCUCAAACAUUGAAGUUGCUUUGCAGGAUGAGGAAUGUUGGUGAUAACAUCCAAACGAUUUCUCAAGAGCUUACGCCAUGUUUUUUUUAUUUUUGUAGUCCUUUUUGACUUGAACCUAUUAUUCCGCUGGGUUAAAAGUGGGUCAUUGCAAGCACAGGAAACAGACUUGCAUUUCACACUUUCCAGUUUACUCUAAGUCUGGCCAUCUCUGCUGCACAAUAAUGCUCACAAACUGUGUUUAGUUUUACCCUGCUCCACCCUAAAGACUAAGACUCAAGCAUCCUGGUUCACCUGAACAAGCACUGAGAGGCUGGCGUGUAUAAACGCUGCUGUUAUUCAGUUUUUAAGGAAAAAUCAACAAAAAUUAAUUAAAAGUUAAACUGCCACACCAAAACAUUGAUCCAAAGCAGCUACCACGAUGACAUUUAUGAGUGGAGAAUAAAGUUGCUGAAUUCAUUAACCAAAUAUUUAGAAUUUAGAGCCAUAAAGCAGAUUGUACUGAAAUGAUGAGUACUGUGCAAAAUCCCCUCUUGGCAAGAAUUAGGAGUUCCAUUUGAAGCAUAAUGUGGCACAGUUUUAUACGACAGAACGAGUUGCUUUAGUCCCUCAGUAGUUUUUUCUCUGCCCAAUACAUCAUAGAGGUUUCAGUUUCUUGUUAUAGCUGUGGGCACAUCAUAGCCUAACCCUUCUGAGAGAUUCUUUAGAAAGUUAGACAUGUACACUUCAAACGGAUGCUUAAAAUCUUUCUGGAGAACAAGUUAAUCCCUAAAGAGGUUUUUUCUGGGGCAGGCUGCAUACAUGUAUAAUAUUACAAAAGGGUGGAGACUAGGAGGGACAUGCUGAAUUCAUUAAUGUAUGAUGUAAUGUAUGAUGUGAUGUACUGUAGACAAUAGAGCAAGUGUAGAUAGUACACAGUACUUUCUCUUUUUUAUCUGAUCAUCAGGCCUUAAGACAGGGGGUGUGGGUGGAGGAGUGCUUUGAGCAGGAGGCCUUAGCACUGGCAGAGGUCAGGGUGCUGUAAGUGGGCUUGGAGCAGGAGGUCAUUGGUCUUAUUUUGUCUUCAACUUUUCAAUUUGCUUUUUCUUUGUGUGCAGCUGAGAUUAGUUUUUAAAAUGCUGAAAAAAACUAUUCCAAGUGUUCCAGAGUCAUGACAGCACAAUUUACAUUUAGCUUUACUUGACACACCAACGACAACACAGCAAUUCAUCAAGCUGCCAGAGUCGCUCCUCUUAAACAUCCACCUAUGGGACUGAUCAGUUGUUCUUUAUACUUUCAUGAAUUUCUCAUUCUUCUUUGAAGGAUAUUUGUGCACUAAAAACGUGACUCUCUCCUCCCUCAGGUGGAUAUGGAGGUGGUUAUGGAGCAGGAGGUGCUGGCCAAUACCCAGGAUUUGGCAGAACUGGUCCUAAACCUCCUAAAACAGGUAUUUGAUGCUUGAUUAUAACUGUUGUACAGAUAAACUAAAUACACAGGUGACCAAAACCCCCCUUUUUGUAAACUCAGGUGGAGCUGGAACAUCGCUUGGAGGUGCAGGUUAUGGACCUGGUGGUGCAGGAGUUGGGCCUGGGGGAGCAGGGUUUGGACCUGGUGGUGCAGGAGUUGGGCCCGGGGGAGCUGGAUUUGGACCUGGGGGUGCAGGAGUUGGGCCUGGGGGAGCAGGGUUUGGACCUGGUGGUGCAGGAGUUGGGCCCGGGGGAGCAGGAUUUGGACCUGGGGGUAGAGGAGUUGGACCUGGGGGAGCUGGAUUUGGACCUGGUGGUGUGGGAGUUGGGCCUGGUGGUGCAGGAGUAGGACCUGGGGGUGCAGGAAUUGGGCCAGGGGGAGCUGGAUUUGGACCUGGGGGUACAGGGGUUGGACCUGGGGGAGCUGGAUUUGGACCUGGUGGUGCAGGGGUAGGGCCUGGGGGAGCUGGAUUUGGACCUGGGGGUGCAGGAGUAGGGCCUGGGGGAGUUGGAUUUGGACCUGGGGGUACAGGAGUUGGUCCUGGUGGUGCAGGGGUAGGGCCUGGUGGUGCAGGAAUUGGGCCUGGUGGUGCUGGAACUGGUCCUGGUGGUGCAGGAGUCGGGCCUGGGGGAGCAGGAGUUGGGCCAGGAGGAGGAGGUAGCUUUUUUCAUUUUCUUGAUGCUUUGCUGUGUUUGACAAUGUUAAUAUAAGUGUGAAAGAUUAAAACAUUAUUUAUUAAUUCAUAUUCUUUGAAAGCAGCGGAUACUUAAUGUCAUAAUGAAAAAUUACUUUCAAAUGCACUUUGCAAAAACAAUCCCUGCAAUGUGCUGUUAAGUUUUUUUGUUUUUUUACUGCCAAUGGUCCAUGUAUCAUUAAAUGACAAAUAUGCCAUUAAAAUACCCUGUUAGUUAUUUCAGUUUUGUGUAGGGUGGAGGUUAUUUUAGUUUUUUAAGAGACUAUUCUUUGCACUUUUCUUUUCUAUGCAUCCCUGUUGCUGUACCAGUACUGCCACAAACUGGAACAGGAGUAGGACCUGGGGGCAAGACUGGUGGUAAAGCAUCUAAACAGGUUCCAGGUAAACUUCACAAGAAGACAUCUACUUUAAUAAAAAAAAAUGUUGUAUAACAUUAACUGUACAGGGAAGUUGAUUUAUAUUUAUCACUCAGGAAUCGGGGUCCCUGGACUCUAUCAAGGUGGAUUUGUACCGGGCCAAGGUAGGUUUUAAAAUAUGAAGCAUACAAAAAAGGGUUAAGAUAUGAUACUGGAGUAAAUUUGUGACAAUUGUGUGGUCGAUUUUCUGGCUAGGUUUUGGUGGUCGAGGUGUUCUCCCUGGGGUGGCCACAGGAAAUGGUCUUGGACCUCAGACAGGCAUGUUGUGGCACACUUUGUAAAUAAACCUUUGAAAAAACACCACAUACAUCAAAGAUUAAAACAUAUGCUUUACUUCUCUCAGGAGCAGGAGUACUUGGUCAGGGGGGUGUUGGACCUGGAGGAACAGGCAGUAAGUGUUACAAACUCCUAAACUGAUUAAAUGUGUCAGGCUUUUUUUUUUUUACAUUACUUGAUCUUUCAAGGAAAAUGAUCAAUCAUAAAUGUUAUCUACGUUUCUUUUAGCCUUUCACAGUAUUAGCAUCUCUGUAGUAAAUUUCUCAUCAUAGAUGGCCGUGGACAGCAGUUGCCCGGAGUCUUUCGAGGUUACCCUCUCAUAACACCAAAAUCAGGUACACAUGAACAUACUUUUUGGGUUAAUUCCACAGCUGCAUGUAAGGAUAUAUAAGGUUGAUUGUAAAUUUGUCAAAUAAAUAAAUAAACAUAAUCUACUCUAUUAACUACAGGUGCAGGGAAAUCAAAGAACCCAGCCAAAGCUGCAGCAAAGUCUGGUAAGAAGCACCAGCCAAGCUUUGCUCAACAACAGGCAUGACGGAUUGGUUUUCUCUAAAUGUUGAUAGUCUAUUUCUUUCCCAGGUGGAGCUGGGGCUGGAGGAGGUGCACUGGGUCAAGCCGGCACUUUGGGGAUAGGGACUGGAAGAGUCCCAGGAGGAGCUGGACUCACACCUGGAUUAGGAGGUGGUGCUGGGGCAGGAGGUGGAACUGGAGCUGUACCUGGAUUUGGAGGUGGAGUGGGAACAGGAGGUGGACCUGGAGCUGUGCCUGGAUUUGGAGGAGGAGCUGGAACUGUACCUGGGUUUGGAGGAGGAGCUGGAACUGUACCUGGGUUUGGAGGAGGAGCUGGAACUGUACCUGGGUUUGGAGGAGGAGCUGGAACAGGAGGUGGACCUGGGUUAGGUAAAUUUGAAGAGUUACACAUUAUUUAUGUCUUUUAAGUGAGUAUGGAUCCAUCAAAGAACUAUACAUGAAAAUAUUUUACAUUUUAUUAAAAAGAACUUAAAUGUUUCAAUGAGUCACACCAUUGUGAAAUAUCAGUGGAGUUUUUAGAAAGGUUUUUUUGUGUUUCACUAACUGGUCACUUGGAUAUAUUUUGUGUCAUAGGUUUUGGCCCUGGCUCAGCAAAAGCACGAAAAUAUGGUGAGAAAUAUUUCUAGAGUUUAUGAAAGUUUUAUAAAAUACAAAAAAAAUCUUGAAUUUAAACAUUCUUUUAUAAUCUGCUUCUAAAAUGAACUAAAAAUCAAUCCAGGUCAGCAAGGUGGUGCAGGUACUGGAGUGGCUGGAGGUCUUGGAAGGGGAGGACUGGGUGGAGGAACUGGUGUUGGUCUUGGCACAGGAGGAGUGCCUGGUUCUGGGAUUGGAACAGGCUAUGGACCAGGUGGAGUUGGACCUGGAGGUGCGGGCACAGGCUAUGGACCAGGUGGAGUUGGGCCUGGAGGUGCGGGCACAGGCUAUGGACCAGGUGGAGUUGGACCUGGAGGUGCGGGCACGGGCUAUGGACCAGGUGGAGUUGGGCCUGGAGGUGCGGGCACAGGCUAUGGACCAGGUGGAGUUGGACCUGGAGGUGCCGGCACAGGCUAUGGACCAGGUGGAGUUGGACCAGGUGCUGUGGGUGGUGGUUAUGGAUUUGGACCAGGUGGUGCUGGCACAAGUACAACAGGAGGAAGAGGGGUUGGACUUGGCACUGGAGUUGGCCCCGGCUCUGGAGUUGGUUUUGGUCCAGGUGGUGCAGGAACAGGGCCAGGUGGUCUGGGCUAUGGUCCUGGUGGGGCUGGAACUGGAACAGGGCCUGGAGGUAACGAUUCAGGUUAAAUAUUCUACAAUAAGAUGAAAUUUCUUAACAAUUUAAAAGAUCUUUACCCCGUGAGUAAAAAUAACUGUAUUUGUUUUUCAGGGUAUGAUGCCAGCGCAAAAGCUCGUAAAUACGGUAAAAAAUAAAAGCUAAAAGACAGACUGAGUUUUUUACAUUGAUAAACUAUUUUAAAAUGAAGGCAGAUAAUUUUACAGAACUCUCCCCAACAGGUAUGCUCAGUGGAGCCCUUGGAGGAGGAGCUGGCACAGGACCAGGAGGAGCUGGCACAGGCUUUGGACCAGGAGGUGCUGGCACAGGCUUUGGACCAGGAGGAGUUGGGCCAGGUGGUGCUGGAACAGGCUUUAGACCAGGAGGAGUUGGGCCAGGUGGUGCUGGAACAGGCUUUGGACCAGGAGGAGUCGGGCCAGGUGGAGCUGGUACAGGCUUUGGACCAGGAGGAGUUGGCCCAGGAGGUACUGGGACAGGCUUUGGACCAGGAGGAGUAAGCACAGGUGGUGCUGGAACAGGCUUUGGACCAGGAGGAGUCGGGCCAGGUAGCACUGGAACAGGCAUUAGACCAGGAGGAGUUGGCCCAGGAGGUGCUGGCACAGGCUUUGGACCAGGAGGUGCUGGCACAGGCUUUGGACCAGGAGGAGUUGGGCCAGGUGGAGCUGGCACAGGCUUUGGACCAGGAGGAGUUGGGCCAGGUGGUGCUGGAACAGGAGUUGGCUAUGGACCUGGAGGUAAGGUGAAAGUGAUGCAUGUCAGAUAAAACAUGCUUAAUAAAGCUUUAUUCUGAAGCAUUAAUAGAUUUGUGUGCAUCUUGUAGGUUAUGCUGGAGCCAAGGCUCGCAAAUAUGGUAAGGCACAACCAAAAAGAACCUCUUUAUGCACAUUUAUCUGUGAAAAUAUUAACCGAAGACACAAACCCACCCAAAGCCACUGUAUAUCUGUGCAAAAAGUUUUCCAUUAUUAAUGAAAAUGUAACCUGUAGUUUUUUUUUUAACUAUUGCAUGUCAGAAUUACUUCUGUUUCAUUUUAAUUGAGAAUCAUGGACCAGCGCCUUCAGUCUAUGGGCUUUGUUUUCUGAUUAAAAUACUUCAGGUUUGCCAGGAGGUGCUGGAGGCGCCCUGGGUACAGGUGGACGGGGUGUCGGAGCAGGAGGUGGAUUGGGUGAGUUAGCAACAAUCCAAUGCCUGACAUGGAACUAACUGAAGGACAAAGGAUUUUUUUUACUAUGUGCUAUUCAUUUGGUCAUUGUUGACAAAAUAUUGAGAACUGGAAUCUGAACACCAGUCUCGUGCAGCUGUACACUUUAGCCUGCUGUCAAUUUAAAUACAGUCAUAAACAAACUGUUGUUUUUAUUUCUACUCCUAUGUAGUUACAAACACUUUAAGGUCUCCUUUCUUUUAAGUCUUAAUGAGAGCUAUAUCUUGCACCUGUUUACUGUUAUCAAGGGCUACCAGGUGGCACUGGAGGAGCACUCGGGACUGGGGGAACAGGAUAUGGACCUGGUGGAUAUGGACCUGGUGGAUAUGGGCCUGGUGGAUAUGGACCUGGAGUUGGAUUUGGACCAGGUGGUGGCUAUGGUGUAGUACCGGGGGCUGGCUAUGGAACAGUUACAGGUGUGAAUUUACAUUUUGUUCAAUAUUAAUUUUGACAAUAAAUUGGGCUUGUACAAAGAAAUCUUUGAACUAAACUGUCCGUAAUUUACAGGCUAUGGAUCUGGAUCAAAAGCAGCUAAAUACGGUAUAUAACAUUUCUAAUUUUGAUUGUUCAAAAACAUUUGGUACAAGACAGAAAAUCCAAGUUAAAAGCUAAAUUAUGUAUGAUCCUGGUGUAGGUCAAGGGGGGACUGGUGCUGGUGGGGUUCUUGGAGGAGGUGCAGGAAGAGGUGGUAAGUUAAUUAUUGAUAAUGAUAUUGAAUCUCACAAGCUAAAGAGAACAGAGGUGCUCUUUUAAAAAUAUUUUUCAAUGAUACACUCUUAAAGUUUUGAGUUUGCUUCACCCUCAUAAUCUCUGAUAAAUUUAGAGUUAGUAAUGUGGUCAGGGCAGGAAGGCUUUGGUCACAGGCAGUGGAAGUGCAGGUUGGUUACAGCAUUUGCACACUAACAGGUUAUGUUUGCCAAAUUUUAGACAUGAGAGGCAACAGAAGCCCAAAUCACACAUAAGCACCGUAUAACCUAUCCCUCUGUUGACCUCUGUUGGUAGUUUGACAGAAUUGCAGCAACAUGCAACAUGUUCCUCAGACACCUGACUUGUAACUGUAACAAUCAGGUUCCUGCCAUGCAACAGACAAGUGAGAUAAAGUAGUUCUGUAAAUUGAUUUUGACCUGAAAAUACUGUGACUUUUUUAUUACAUUUGUUUAAAAUAUGACUAUUCAUGUAGUUUACAGGAGCGUUUCCAAAACUUAUCAAACCUAACUUAAAGAUUCCCUUAGUACAUAGUUUUAUGGUAUGAUACCUGAACUAUCUUAUUUCACAUGGUUGUCCUUUUAUUUCUAAUCACUGAUUAUGACACAUAUGACCUGUGUCAUUUAUCUUACUAGACAGUGACAAUUUAGGUUGUAACACUCCGCUCAUGAGCUGAACGUAAGCUUGAUAUUGUUAUGUAAAAGUAAAUCAAUAUAACCAACCAGUCUUGCUGUAUCUCUCAAGUCUGAGAAAGUUACAUGUUUUAGUCUCAACUCCAAAAAGCAGAGGCUUUUGAGUAUUAAAGUACAUCCUGUUAGGUACAGUUGGAUAACAACAAUCUCAGUUGAAGUGGUUUUUCAAGUGGCACAAGCCAUUACCUUUAUUGGCCAGUUUUAAAGAUCUGUCACACGUGCUAUGUUUAAUAACUGUUUUACCUGAGAGUGUAAUCGCUACUUACAGGAUAACACAUUGAAACAACAUUAUAGGCCUUUAUCAAAUCUUCCGUCUGUAUGUAAGGAAUUGAGGAAGUAACGAAUAAACUUCAGUUUACUCGCCUUACUUAUAUCAUCUCUUAUUUGUAUUGUUCCUCAGGUUAUGGCACUGCUGGGUCCAAAGCUGCCAAAUACGGUAUGGUAUCAAAAAAAACAAAUGCUGAGUGUAAAAUGUUGAAUGCAACUUUUUCAACUGUGGAACAGAGCCAUUCUUUGGUACAUCUUUCACAAAACCAUUUCUUUGAUAAUCUAAAGGGCAACCUGGUGGAGUUGUACCUGGUGCAGGAACAGGGAGCAGCACAGCAGGAACAGGAACUGGUACACCAGGGACAGGAGUAGGGACUGGAACAACAGGAGCAGGUACAAGUACUGGCACUGCAGGAACAGGGACAGGCACAGGCACUGCAGGACCAGGGACUGGCACUGGCACUGGCACUGGAGGACCAGGUACAGGGACUGGCACAGGUGUUUCCGUGAAUGGCACCAGCACUGGGACAACAGUUAGACCCACAGGUGAGUGUUUUUUUUUCUUUAAGGAUUGCAGAUCAGUUACAGAAAUGAAUUGUUUCAUCAACACUGUUGAAUAUUGUGUCUGCUGGUUUAGGAGGAGGGCUUGGGGCCACAGGAGGCACACAAGCUCCACUGUCAGAAGGUACAAUCUACUCAAAGUAGAACCUUGUUUAUUUCCAGUUUGAUUCUACAUCAGUAUUUUUGCAGUAGCCAGUGUAACCACCUUUGCUGGUUAUUGAUUAUACUCAUUACUACUAACCUUUAAAAUGAUUUACAUUUAAAAAAUGAGUCUUUUUAACGAUUUUGCCCUUAUCGUAGGUGAUGGUGCUGCAGGCAGUGUGAUAGAGGGGUCUGGAGGUUCAGCGGGGGAAGGUAUGUUUCACCUUAUUGCAUUCUUGAGAGUGUGUCUUUACUUAUUCUAAAGGGACAUUCUUGUUUCGUGCAUAAGACAACCUUUAAUAUUUAAAGGCUUAUAACCCCACACUCACAAAAUAUUACUUACAUUGCGAACAAGUUACAAGGGAAUAACAAAAAUUCACCUUUAGGUAUUGUAACUUGAAAACAGACAACUCCUAAUUUCAAGUCGUCCUAACCCCUUUUCAAUACUUUAAAUCAAAUUUCAAAAGGGUUGACACAUAAAGUCUUUUCAUCACGGUUUAAACAGGAGGCACUGGUUUAUCUGGCAGACCAGUGGGGGAAGGAGGUGAUGGAGAAGUGUUGAGUGGCACAGGAAUCCCCAUCAUUGGAGCAAAGCCAGGUAUUUAAGACAUGUAUGCCACAAAUUUAAAAAGACAUUUUCAAGUUUUAAAAAAUAACACUUGUUUUUUUGCAUCGUGGUAAGAAACUCAUUUUUUCCCCCUUUUUUAAUUAUUUUUAUAACAGGUCUCAACGGGACUACAGUUUCAGGUCAGCUUUUAUUACAUAGCCAGAGUGUCUUUAUGUUAGUAUUCGAGUACAUAGCAGUAUUUGAUUUUGUCACUUUAUUGAUCAGAUAUUGUAAAGCCACUAAAUCUCCCAAUCCAUUCUUCACAUGAUCGAUUAAAUGGCUAAUUUUUGUAUCGUUGUGAUACACCAGUCUACUAACUAGUGCCAUAUUUGUUCAUGCUAAAUCUACUUUGAACUGACUUGAUUUUUUUUUUCUUUAAAAUUUCAGGUGGUACAGAUGAAGGUGAGAUUUUCCAAUAAGACACACCGUUCUUCUAGAUAUAAUUGCCGUCUCGACAUACUCUCAGCACAAGUCUUGAGGCUGAACUCAAAGAAUGUCUUCAACCAAUUUUCAUAAAAUUCACUGUGUACUUUUUUCAGGUGUAAGUGGGUCGUUACCUGGAGCCAGACCCCUGAAACCCCCUGGUGAAUAAAUUUAAUUUCUCCUUAAACUUAAAUUUGAUUUUCUCCAUAAACAGAUAAAUCAGAACUAAGAUUAAUCUACUUAUCCUGCUUACCUUUGAAAGAAAUUAAAGAAAAAAAGAACAACUUUAGCAAAGGCGUCUGGAAUUCUGUUUGCUAACAUUUAGCAAAAUAGUAACCUAAAGUUACCUUUCUCUCUGCAGGUGUACCUAGGGGGGACACACCGGGCGAAGGGGAUGGAGAGGGAGGUCCUGAUGGAGAGAGAAGUGGUACAGAAGGCACGGGUACAGCAUUGGGAGGAGUAGGAGGCAGCCCUUCCAGAACAGGAGGGACUGGAGGUGUUUCAGGUGGUGUAGCCGGCACAGGAAGAGGAGACAGUCCUGCAACCGGAGCUGGAGUUGGACCAGGAGGUUCAGCCAGUGGAGUAGGAGGAACACCAAAACCGCCUGAAGGUGCAACAUUUUCCAUCUUAAUGUUCAUCCAUAGUUUAUCAGACAUACAAUCCAGACACUAGACAUACGCAAAACAAAGUGAUACUGAAGGAAAAUCAAGACUUUGUUUUUACUGAAUGAAAGCAAUGUUUUUUUUGUUUUUUGUUUUGUUAUCGACUGGUGUGGACCUGGUGGGGUAGGUGGGGUAGCAAGAGGAGAAACAGGGACAACAGGAGGAGGUCCAGGGGGAGUAGGUUUAGUACCUGGCGCUGGUGGGCCUAGUGCAGCUGGAACAGGAACCCUCAAACCUGGAAAAAGUAAGUUACUCUCAUAUCAUGGCCUCUAAUGUCUAUGUGUAUAUUCUAGACUGAGGACCCUUUAUCUAAGACAUUUUCCCCUCUUUGUACAAUUCAAUCAUUAAUCAUUACAGGCUAUGGUGCUGGUGGAGCUGGAGUUUUACCAGGUGGAGGUAUGCUUUCUAAUUCUACUCUUGACAAUUGUAUAGAGACCAACUGGUGAUUAAAACAGACUUGCAAUUAGGAAAAACGUUUUGUUUUAUGCAGGAAUACGUUAUCCAUUUGGAUCUGGAGUAAGACAAGGAACAGGGAAACCAGGCAAAGGUUGUUGUUGUUUUUUCUUCAAAGUUUCUUCUCCUUUUUAAUUUUAAAAGGUCUAAAGACAUUUGAGAAGGUUUUAAAAAGAAGCUAUCCCGUCCCUUAUGUGCCUUUUCUUUAUCUGUCAGUAUAUGGAGCAGGAGGACAGGUUGGGGUUGGACCAGGUGGUUAUGGAGCUGGUCCUGGUGGCUUUGGUACUGGUCCAGGAGGAUAUGGUGCAGGCCCAGGUGGCUUUGGUGCUGGGCCUGGUGGAUAUGGAACUGGAACUGGACCUGGAGUCUAUGGAGGCACUGGUCGGGGCCCUGGAGGUGUUGGAACUCUUGGAGUUGGAGGAGUUGGGACUGGAGGCUUAGGUGGAGGUGUAGGAGCAGGCCCUGGUGGAGUAGGUGGUGGACUAGGUCUUGGUAAGUUGAAUUCUUUGGAAAUAAACUUUUUUGAUAAGAUGAGAAAACGCAUUUAAAUGACAGAAAAUUUCAAAUUACAGUAUGAUAAACUUUAAAGAUGUUCUGUGUAACCUAGGAGCAAGAUAUGGCACUGGUUCAGGACUUGGUACUGGCGCUGGAAAACCACCAAAAAGUAUGAUAAGCAAUGAAAUACACAGACUGUAAAUAUUUAACUCAUAGAAAAGAAAUGACAAACCAAAACAAAACCCCAAACAUGAAUUGACAUGUGUUUUCAGGUUACGGAAGAGGAGCUGGUGGUACUGGAGUUGGUCUUGGUGGCUUUGGGGGUGGAUCUGGUGGAGCUGGACCCGGUGGUGCAGGAACUGGACCUGGAGGCUUUGGACCCGGUGGUGCAGGAACUGGACCUGGAGGCUUUGGACCCGGUGGUGCAGGAACUGGACCAGGUGGCUUUGGACCCGGUGGUGCAGGAACUGGACCAGGAGGAUUUGGACCAGGUGGUGUUGGACCUGGUGGAACAGGACCAGGUGGAUACGGGACCACUGGCACUGGCCCAGGUGGUGUCGGAACACGACCAGGAGGUUUUGGACCUGGUGGUGUUGGCACAGGACCAGGAGGCUAUGGACCAGGUGGAGCUGGUGUUAUUCCUGGUGUUUAUACUCCUGGAGGUCAAGGACUGGGUUCCCGAAAACCACCAAAAUCAGGUAUAAUUGUCAUAUUUUUAAAACCAUCAAGAAAAGUAAAAUUAUGAAGAACUAAUAAUUCAGAUGGUUCACUCCUUCCACCAGGCUAUGGAUCAUCCUCCCUGGGCGGAGCUGGUUAUGGGCAAGGUGAGAAACUCAUUUAUUUCAACUCUGUAUAAUAUUUAAAGUAGAGAUUAAUAUUUAUUUGCCUCAAAAAGAGUAUUAUCAAAGUUAGCAAUUUAAAUCAGUACUUACUUUUCUUGCACUAAAGCAAAAACAACGCUAACUCUUGUCCAGUGGUAUGAAACAUCUUCUAUUGAACUAUUUGUUAUGAAAAAGAAAUAAAACUUAAAGGUGGGAGUACACAGUGAUUUCUGAAGUACAAGGUUAAAAUGAUUUGGAAAAUCUUUAAUUUUUUCCUGCUUUUUCAGGGAUUGGACCUGGAGGUAUAGGGCCAGGUGGUGCAGGAACUAGACCUGGUGGCUUUGGACCUGGUGGCGCAGGCACUGGACCAGGAGGCUUUGGACCCGGUGGUGCAGGCACUGGACCAGGAGGCUUUGGACCUGGUGGUGCAGGCACUGGGCCUGGUGGCUUUGGACCCGGUGGUGCAGGCACUGGACCAGGAGGCUUUGGACCAGGUGGUGCAGGCACUGGGCCUGGUGGAUUUGGACCCGGUGGUGCAGGCAUUGGACCAGGAGGCUUUGGGCCUGGUGGUGCGGGCACUGGACCUGGUGGUUUUGGACCAGGUGGUGCGGGCACUGGACCAGGAGGCUUUGGGCCCGGUGGUGCGGGCACUGGGCCUGGUGGUUUUGGACCUGGUGGCGCAGGCACUGGACCAGGAGGCUUUGGACCAGGACUAGGAAAGAGAAAACCUUAUAAAACUGGUAAAUAGUAAAUCUAACUAAAUGUGCAAACAGUGAUUGAUUUGUUAGUAAAUAUUUAAAGGUACAUUAAAAGAACAACUAUGCCUGUCUUUCAGGUGGCACAGGUACAGGAACUGGUGGGUUUGGGCCUGGGUUUACUGGACCUGGAGGUGCCAGCACAGGAGCAGGAGGUACCUAUGGACCUGGUGGAGUACGCACAGGUACUGGAGGUGGCUUCGGACCUGGCGGUGCUGGAACAGGAACCGGACCUGUUGGCUUCGGACCUGGUGGUGCUGGAACAGGAACUGGACCUGGCGGCUUCGGACCUGGUGGUGCUGGAACAGGAACUGGACCUGGCGGCUUCGGACCUGGUGGUGCCGGAACAGGUACUGGAGGUGGUUUUGGACCUGGUGGUGUUGGCACAGGAACAGGAGGAAUCUUUGGACCAGGAGGCCAAAGAUUAGGAAAAAGGAAGCCGUCUGUACCUGGUACAUUUAAGUUAUAAAAGUAAAAUGGCUGAGUAGAUGAUAAUAACAAUUUUGAUGGAUUAAUGAGUCGUGUUGUUAAAGAAAAUCAUCAUUUAAAUAUUUAUAUGUUCCUUCUUUUUAUUUUAUUUCAGGGGGAGCUGGAUAUGGAUCAGGUGAGAUGUUAUAUCAAGUAUGGUGAACAUUUUUUUGUACAUUUAUGUGUUUUUUUAACCCCCUUCAUUUCAUGAUUCGCUUUCCACAGGAGUAUUAGGAGGAGGUACUGGACCUGGAACUGGUGGCUUUGGCCCAGGAGGCACUGGACCUGGUGGCUUUGGCCCAGGAGGUGCUGGAACUGGUGGCUUUGGCCCUGGAGGUGCUGGAACUGGUGGCUUUGGUCCAGGAGGCGCUGGAACUGGUGGUUUUGGCCCUGGAGGUGCUGGAACUGGUGGCUUUGGCCCUGGAGGUGCUGGAACUGGUGGCUUUGGCCCUGGAGGCACUGGAACUGGUGGCUUUGGCCCUGGAGGUGUUGGAACUGGCGGCACUGGCCCAGGAGGUGUUGGAACUGGAGGCUUUGGCCCAGGGGGUUUAGGACCUGGUGGCCGGACAACUGGUUCCCGGAAACCCUCCAAGUCAGGCUAUGGGUCAUCAUUGGGGGGAACCGGCUAUGGACCAGGUAAAUUAUUUUCAGCGAUGCAUAUAAAUAUUUUGUUCAAAAGGCCGAUAACUACUGAUGUAAGUCAACAUUACCAUCAAGAUAUUAACCACUCAGUGAUAUUUUCAAGCAAACACUGUCACCAUAUGUGCUCGGUAGACUAUAACUGGGAUGCAAUAAUUGUGAAUUAUAAUUUGCAACCCUGAAAAAGACCCUGUUGCGCAAACUGAGAUGUCUUAACUGUUCAGCAUGUUUGUUACUCACAAACCAGUUGCUGGGUCUGGUCAGCAACAAUGAAGGUUAAAUAAAGCACCUGCAAUUAUGUCCUCUUUUAAACAGUUUUGGGCUAGUGAAUGUGGUUUACAGUCUUGGAAAGCUGAAAUAUAAAGUAUUGCAAAAAUGCAUUGAGAGGGCUCUCUUGGUUAAGUUUCAUCCAUAUCAUUUGCACAUUAAACACGUAUACAAGGACUUAAUGAGCUUUCAUACUAAUCUAUACUAGGAAUAAGGAAUUGGCAAAGGCAAACACUAGCUUUAUCAAAGAAUAUUCAACUUUAAGGUGAAUGAAAUGUUUAAAUUAUUCCCAUUUCCCAUUUAAAGACACCUCAGACACUACAGACAAAACAAAUCGUUUGACGCUUGCUUUUCAUUUCACUCUUUCACAAAAUAUUUAUCUUACUAAAUUAAGCAUUCAUCAUGCAAUAUGAUUUCAUACACCUGACUCUAAUUUCAUACAUGUUGCUCAUCAGGUGGUGGAGGUGGUGCUUUUCCUGGUGCAGGAGGACCAGGUGAGUUUCUUCUUUAUAUAAGGGGAAAUAACAUCUAAUAUAUAAGCCCUCUCUCUGCUGUGAGUACAUACUAUAUUUAAUAGCUAUUCUCUGCAAAUUUUACAUUCUUGAUUGAUUUCUAAACACUUACUGUAUACCCACCUGUCCAGGUAGUGUAGGGGGAGGUUCAGUGGGAACAAGCCAGGGAGUAGGAGGAGGAGGCGCAGGUGGCUCACCAGGUCAGUUUUAAUUGAGCACUGAUACAAGUAGAAAAAAACGACAUAAAUGUAACAUCUUCAUUUAAAUACUAAUGCAUUUUCAAAAACUCAGGCCAUUGCAGAGCGAUUAUAUUUUCUGCAUGCUGGAGAGAUCAGUCUGACUGACCAGUGAGGUGAAAAUGAGUUUGGUAGGACAGGCUGUAAUGUGUCAAUUGUUCCAGCAGGGGGUAUAGUCCCAGGAUAUGGUGGAGGGGCUGGAGGAAGCUUUCCAGGUAAGACAGAAUCACUAAAUUCACACUGUCUCCCUCUCUCUCUUUUCAUUGAAACACGAAAAGAUUUGAAAUAAUGAGCAACACAUAUUUUAAAUGUUGUUAGUCACAUGGGGAAUUAACCUGCAUUGACUACAGACAAACAAGGGAAGAUCAAGCCUGUUAUACAUUCAACAUGCAUGUUUUCAUAACUAUCACAGAAAUGACAAUAGAGUAAAAAGGCCAUUGUCGAGAUUAAGAAAAUGUUUAUCAUUGCUGUCUUUCCUGUUUUUCUUCUCCAGGAUAUGCAGGGGCCGGGCAAAAAUGUAAGACAACUCACUUUGUGCUUUGUGAUAAGCGUGUUCCUAUCACAGUUUGUGGACACACAGAGACAUACCAUACAUCCACUGCACACAGUGAGACAUGACUCACAUGAGGACAAUAAUACACACCCUCCUCAGAUCUAGCCUUUCUAGAUGCUUUCCGAGCAUUUUAACAUACUGUAUGCUUAAGGUUUAAGUACAAACUGGAACUGAAAUCCUAAAAAUAAGAAUUUUGAAUUUUGUUAAAAACAAACAGACUUAUGUUUUGGGAAUCAUUUGAGUUUGAUCUCAAGAUAUUCAGAGCAUGUGUCCUCUUUGUUUUUUAGCGAAGGCACAGAAGGCUGCCAAAUAUGCAGCUAUGCAAGCCUUACUGGGAGCUGGAGGCUACAGAGGUGAGAUCUAACAUUUUGCAUUAUUCUACGUAAGACUAUAUCUUAUCAUUGUCGGUGUAAAUUAAAGGUCUGAAGAUCUGUCAUCGUUGAAUCCAAUUACUGUACUCUUUAUGAUGGACCAACUUUUUUAGGUUUUCAAGUCAUACCAUUUACAGGAACACAGGAUGAACUUAUACAGAAACUUCCCAACUUUUAGUUACUCCUAAAAUCUUGAUAAUAAAACAAUAUAAACAACACAGACAUUUUGCCACAUUGAUUACUGUGGUUGUCUUUUUCUCCCCAAACUGUGAAGAGUAUUGUCACUUGUAAAAAAUAGUUUGAGCAGGAUGUUUAGAAAUUUAUCACCACUUCCUCUGGUUUUAACUCAGUUUAAAGAUAGUUUUCAAAGAAAUGAGCAUCUUCAUGACUUGCACAAAAGCCGUAGUCACAAUCUGGCCACAAAAACAGGAGCUAUACUGCAUACCGAAUGAAGAACAGACAGCUCUGACUGCAAUCAUCUCAUUGAGAUGCUUCUUUGCUGUAUUCUUUGUUGUGGGGAUAAAAAUUAAGAAUAUUUUAAAGUAUAUUUUUUUUUUCUAACUGAUUGAUUCAGUUUAACAACUUCCUUUGUUCUUGUAUUAAGGGGCUGGCUGUCAGGGUAAAUACUGUGGCCGAAGGAGGAAGUAAGAGGCCAACACAGGAAGUGACCUCAUCAAAACAACAGUGGUGCUAUUGCAUUUUCCCAGAUUGUAAAUGUCUUACCUGCAAUAGGAGCUAAAGCUUCAACACAUUCCAGAUAUUUCACUUUAUUUGUUUUUGUACAAAGUGUCUCUUUCAAAAAGAGUAAUGGUUCUCAGCCUACUAGUCUUGUGUUUGCUUCAAAUCACGUGUUUCCCUCUGUUGAUAGGUGCUACACAGAGUGGUGAAAAUGUCUGUCGUCAUGUUGCCUGUUUAACUCAUCUGAGUUUUCGAUGAGACAGCACAAGCUUGAGGAUACAUUUGUUAUUUGUUUGAAUUUGUUUCCUCCUGUAAUCACCUUGUGACUUUCCCUUGAACCUGACUACCAGGCUGAGAACCAUUAAAAAUACAAGAUCAUGGUUUCUUUUAACAUUUUAAUACAGUGCACUUUGUGUUUAUUCAUGUUUUUUUUUAUAACAAAUAUUGUUUAUGUUCUUGUGCAAGUAACACCAUGAAUCCUCUGGGUGAAGACUGCAAAUAAGGGCACCCUCAGGGCAGCUCCUUUAGACCUGUCUGCAUGCUGACACAACAUUUUUAAGUCUUCUCGAAUACACUUAUUUCUUGUCCAGUUUGACUGGAUUUAGGGUCUGUGUGAUGCUAGUGUAAAGUUUUUUUUUAUUCAUUCACUGAUUUUAAGCUUUUGGAUCAAUGUGCUAACACUUGAAGGAUCUAUCAGACAAAGAAACUGGCUGUUUUUUGUCGAGGGGAGUUGUGAACAUAAUGAGGAUUUUCUCUAUCUUGUAGUGUUAUGACUGGCCAUUAUCUCCUCCCCUAAAAGCAGCCUGUGUUCAUUUUGACUGUUUAUAAACUCCAGCGAUAUCAGCAAAUGUGUAAGCUGAAGGUCAUCAGCCUUAACUCUCUGAGAUUCUUCCCACUAUUCACAACAAAAGUUCACAGUCCUCCUGUCCUUCAAAACACUUAUUGGUAUUGGUGUAAAAUUUGCAUCAUCAAAACUGUGUGUGUGUUUUGUAUGGUGUGGCUUAGGCCGAGCUUUAGCUAAAGGGAAAUGUAACCGAUCUAAAUGUGAGACCAAAUAAUCAGAAAACUCCAGUGAAACCAGAGAGGCAUUAAUUACUGUGUUUUUCUUAUUUUUAUGUACCUCUUGUAACACUGUGGGUAAUUUGUUCACUUUUGCUCGUGUUUUUAAAUUAUGCUGACAAAAAGCAGAACAAGCUGAGAGCUUCAUCUAUUCAGUUUAGUGUGAAAAUAUGCAUUAAUACAGUAUUGAAUAUUUUGAGCUAUUUUGUGUGUGAUUGAGAUUUAACAGUUUUUACACAUGUGUACAACAGCGAUUAAUAUACAGUAAGUGCUUUGUUUUCAACAUUGUCAUUAGAUGUUUGCUCAUUCACAAAGAGCAAACACCGGUGUCUCUAUCUAUGUACCUCAACAUGUUGUUUUUAACAUCUUUGUUCUUUAUGUGGCCUAUGAAGAAAACUGCACUUUUGUACACUUUCAGACAAUGCUUUCUGAAAUAAAGAAACAACUAAUGACAGUUGCUUCAGGUUAGUCGUUAUUUUAAAAGAACUACAGGAACUUGGUGCAUGCAGAUAGCCUAGCGGGUUAGCAUGCCCCACAUGGUGAUUGUGGUCCCUGGUGCGGUUGUGGUUUCAAGUCCCAGCCCCAACCAUUUGCUGCAUGUCAUCCCCCAUACACACACUUCCUGUCUCUCUCCACUGUUCUGUCAUUUAAAGCCAAAAAAUAACUUUGGUGCAAAAGCACAAAAUCUGACACAGAGGGGGUUUUGGCAUGAGGCGAGAGGCAGGAAGCUGCAUGUGUAGAAGCCGACAUUGGUUGGAUAUGUUUACGUGUGGUGGUAUUCUGACAGCCACAAUGAAACAUGAAAAAGACACAACAACAGGCGGGGCAGGCUAAAAAUGAUAGUGUGGCAGUGAAAUGUUGUCUUCAUAGCAAAGACUCAUAUGUAAAUAUUCAACAGUUACACACUAUUGAUUUUUUGAAUACUGUUAAAGGGAUAUUCCGGUGUAAAAUUAAUUUAGAGUCAAACACACCGUAACACUGAGUUAGACAUCCCCUAGAGAGAUGAAUGUUGCCAACCGCUUGCUUCUCUAGUAACACAAACUUUAGUAACGACCGCACAACAGCAAUACACAGCAGUCUGAGGAGCCAUAAACAAACCUCAACCAAAAUGCCACAAAUAAUGCUCAGAACAGCACCUAACGUCAUCAACAGUACAUAUAGGGUCCCAGCCACAGCACUAGCCACCAAACAUCUUUUUAGCUUUGCCUGAUUUCUUUAGCGAAGAGACUAAACACAACUCAAUUACUCUCUUGCAGUUUACUUUGCUCAAUUGCAGUCCAUUACGGACUGCUGUGGGGUGAUGCAGCUCAAGGAAGAACAUUUAUGAUCAUUUCUUCAUGAAAAUGCAAUCAGACCGAGACGCUAAGGCAGAAUAACUACUGCGCCUACAGUGCAAAAUGAUUAAUAUGGUGAUUAUUACUUCAAGGAAAUGAUAAAGAUCCCUUUAAGUUCACAAAAACAUAAAGCAAUGAUGCAUCAAAUUAGUCUAUCACCUUAUCUACUGACGAAUGAGCAUCAGAAAAUUUUCAAGUAUCUAAACCCCCAAAGUAACAGAUUUCCUCAAAAGAAAGGCAGACCUUCUAUGACAUAAAUACAGAUUUGGUAUUGUCAGUUUUGUGCAAGAAGUCUUCAGUCAACUGACACUUUUUGCGGCUUUUAGUUUACAGGACUUCCGACUGCAGUAAGAAAAUGCACAUGCAGACACUGUACAAAAUUAGUAUAGAUUUUCUGAUUCUUUCAAAUUCUUUUUAAUUAUUGGAUUAAAAGUACAAAAUCUUCCUUAACAAACAAAAUAUAUCACUCACUAAAUAAGAAAUCCAAGGUGCCGUCAUUUGACUUUUCGUCACUGUGUCCUGUGCUCUCUAGGCUGAAUUAAUAACAGCAGAGCCACUGUCACUCGAACGAUCUGAGACUAUCUACAUUCAAAACUGGACAGUAUCAAUGGUUUUCUUCUGAGCUGCUCCCUAUUCUUAAUCUCUAACUAAUUUCUGCCUCUUUGUUUGUUGUGUGUGAUGAAUGGAGUGCUUCACUGUGAGGUCAGGAGAGUGCAGUAAUUGGGGCAUUCAUAAAGAGAUUAUGUCUGUGCUAAUGGGAGCAGAGCUCAUUUCCAAACACAGACUCUCUUAUAACACUCUUGAGAAAAGCACACUGUCAUGUAGAUACGCAUGUGGCUUUACAGUUUAGACUCUGAGAGCUCCGCUCUCACAGCGUUGGUUUGCAGAGGAGUGAAACUGUAUCUUGUGGGUUCUACAUACUGAAAGUAACAGGAGAGGGCCCAUGGAGCAGAACUUCCAUACUGGGAUUGGUCCAUUUCUAGGCAGCCAGUAGAGGGAGACUGGCCAGCUGGAGUCAGUGGUUCAGAGGUUUCUCUCACGCAGCAACUCUGCACAUUAGAAAGGGAACUCAUAUGGACAGGAAGCCUGUGAGCGAGCGAGAGAGAGAGAGGGUAAAAAAAUAGGCAACGCCUGCCACAGAACACAGCAGAAUGCAUGAAGGAUCUUUUACAUACAGCUAACAAGCUCCUGAGUGUAUUGUCUCAGCCAUCUAUCUGUGAACUUACAGGGCAGAAUGUCACGACGGGACCAGAGGUUUCGGAGAGGAAUGAAGGGACGGUAGGUGCCUCUGUCAUAAGUUGCUGAGAUGUGUUUGUGUGAGUUAGAGUGACUGAAAGUGAGAGAAAGAGAAACGAAGCCAACUGCUAUAAAACACAUACUAUACUUCCUCAAACUGCGUUUUUUUUUCUAACUUUCACAUCAACUUUCAGAGUGUGGGUGAACAGUUCAGAAACAAAAACAAUGAGAGGCAUUGUUAUUAAACGGGUUUGCAAAGCGGACUGUGUUACUUCAAUAAUUGAGAUCUUUGGUUGUUUUUUUUUUGUUUUUUGUUUUUUUGUGGACGCCUAUUUGUUUUACCCAAUCAAACACCAAUUUCUCAUGUUUAUUUUGAAAAAACAGCAACAAUUAAAUCAUUACGUAAGCUACCAGCGAAUUCAGACCAGAUAGGUUACACAAUUGAGGAAAACACCCCUGUGACAGCCAACACAAUACCACUGGAUCAAAAACAAUCUUUCCAUGAGUGACCUCUUUUUUUCUUCGAAAAGGAAACCAAGCAGGACAACACAGACGAAACAGAGAGGAAACCGUGGCAGAAGAAUAUGACGUCUUAUUCUUACCACUUGACCUGUGUUAAUGUUUUGUUUCAAGGACAGCAGGUGCUAGUUUGUGUCUGCAUGUGACACAGGAAGAGAUCUUAGAACAGUGAGGAGGUUUAUGGGUUACAGGGGACAUAGCUUUAGAUGGAGGAGACUGGGGUGAGGAGGAAACAGACAGAGAGGAUGGAAUCUCUGGAUGUGCUCGCCAUUGCCAACUGUAAGGUUUUCUCAUCAAACAGAUGUGAAGGUGAGAUCACAGAUGUGGAGCUGGAAAGUUCCACAUCCGUCACUGCCAGCAGCACACUAACACAGAAAGGAGGUCAAAAAUGAACCUUCCUGAUGCUUUUACCGCUUAAUUAUUUCCUUAGCAAAUGGUAGCAGGCACAUCUAAUAGAUCCCUAUAAAACAGGACUUCCUUCAGUGUAUUGAAAAGACUGACCUGCUAGGACUGGAGAUUAAACAGUAAUAUUUUUCAUCAAUUCAUGUUCUGUAGGAUUACAACUCAUCCUCGCAGAGACGUAUACAUUAACUAACUCAUAAAGAUGUUCAAACAGCAGCUCUCUACCAAUACCUGACAACCAUGGGAAUCUAUUCUCAGUUCAUGCUCGUCUACCUUAAUGUAAUUUUUUACAUUAACGCUAAAGGAACUGUGUCCUUGGUAUGAAAUCAAGAGAAAUUAGGGUGCCAGCUUCUCUCAAGUCAAAUAACAAACCCACCACCCAAAGAGGAAUACUUACUGCUUUUAUUUGUUUGGUAAGGAUGAGGACUGCACCUAUGACCAAAUGUAACAUCAUUGGGUGUGUCUUACACCAGAGAGGGUUCGAGUCUUCCUCUGCUUUAUUUCAAAACUUAGGGUGACCUUUCCCUCCCCUAUUGUAAGAAGAGCGCAGCAUUAACAGUUGAGGUUGGUAGAAAGGAAAUAUGGAGCUGUACUCUGUCCAGGAAGUCACCUCCCACUCUGGCUGUUGUGUCAGAGAGAUAAGGAGGCCGCUUUUUACUGUACAAUAGUAUUUUUCUGCAUUUACUUUAAUACUGGAAGCCAAAUGAGCAUAUCUGUUAACAGCAAACAUAUUAUAAGUAAUGUAAAUCUUGAAGUGGUGGCUAUUGCAAACCUGUGGACUACACUUCUCUUUUGUGAUCUUUCAGUGGGCUUAACUAACAUUAAGUUACAACAUUUUUGACUGAUCAGUGACCCUGCAUGACUUUCUCUUUUGUAAGAAACACAGUCAUAGUGACAUCAGCAGUUCAUUUCCUAUAAUACCUCGUUUUAACACCAAAACUGAAAAAUGCAAAUGUAUUUCCUCCCAGGGACGUGCUUCACGAACACCAGCAUUUUAAUAUGUCAGCCUCAGUUUCAUGUCUGACAAAAGCAGCCAUGUCAAGAGAGGGAAGGAGUCAGUGCAAGGCGCUUACUGAAGGUAGAAAUCACAAGUUUCCUCAGGGUCGGAUACAAAUAGUUUUGGACAGUGGGAAAUAUUCUCUGAUAUCACAGUGUGGUUUGUAUUUCACUAAAUGUAGAGUUUGGGAGAAACAUCUAAUAAUGUAGUAUAAUACAUGCAACAGUGACCUUCUGCCACUCUCUUAAAGUGACCUGUGUAGCGGCCAGGUGGAUCGUAGCCAUGACUGGAAACAGUGACACAGAUGUGACAUGUGAAUUAUAAAACAAAGGUCCAAAUAUGUAAAAAUGAGGGCUUAGAUUGUUGUUUGCCCACAUAUUGUGGGUUGAUAUAGAUAAAUGUGUUGUAGUGAAGGGGCAGUCGUACAUAAGACUUGUCUUCUGUCUGCUCCUUUUCAUUUCACAUGAUAACAUGAGAAAAAAAAAAAAAAAACUAAAAUAAAAAAAAAAGGAUGAGUGCAAUGUAUUAUAUCAUGUAUCAUGAAUGAAAUGAAAUAAAUAAACAUGAAUGAAUGAAUGGAUAUUGUAAAAAAAAAAAAAAGGUGAUAAUUCACUUCAAAUAGGCUAAACUUAAACCAGGUUAUGCUCCUAGUGACCUGACAUUGUUCUUCCUGAUCCCUUGAAUGAUGAUGAUGAGCUUGCAGGUCAACUUGCCCCGUCUCAUGUGUUCCAUCAGUGAUUAGGCUCAUGUUACUUUGCUCAAACACACCUUGGAAGUAUCUAUCAACUUACAGCCUAAACCUACAUCAUCUCAUCCAAUCUAUCGUGUACUCUUUCCCCCUCCCAACUCUUCUCCUCCUCAGGUGCUCGGAGUGCAGUUGUAUCCUAUCCCACUGGUACUAUGAAAGAGAAGGACAGCUCUACUGUAAGAAGCACUACUGGGCCCGCUAUGGAGAGCACUGCCAUGGCUGCAAGGAGAGCAUAACAACAGGACUCAUUAUGGUAAACUUGAUGAUUAGAAGAAAUAAGAACUAAAUCUUUUCUUGAUACCUAAAAGUAGGCUCGACAUAAGAGGAUAAUAACAUAAAUUGCUGACCAGUUCUUGCUCCCUGGUCUGAUUUUGUGAUGCUGACUCAUGUUUUAGUAGAUUUAGUCACAUCAUCACAGUUUCAGACUCUCCUUUCUUGUUCUUUUCUUGUGUGUGAAAUAACUCUCAGAAACAUUUUAAAUGUGGCCUCUAACAAAUUGAUUGAUAGUUGGUGACGAGCUGGUGUAAAAAUAGCUGCUUUAUUGAUUAUUCAAAGUGGCUGAAUGGACAUCCGUGCUACAUUGGAUUUAGUGAGGGAAGUAUGGGAAAAUAAUCUCAGCUGGAACAAAAAAUAUACAGAAUCUCAGCGUGCUGCGCCAUCCAUUCAAACACUGAAAGCCUUCCUGUCUCUUGGUUUCCUCCCUUGCAUGAGAGUAAAUGCCUUUUUUCUUUCAACUCUGAAACCAGAGGAUAUCCUCUGGAAACAUCCUGGUCCAGGCCUUGAUGCCGGAAUGCACAGAGAAAGAGGUCUUUUCACUAGAGUCCGCUUUUAGCCACGUCAAAUAUUAUAUUUUAAAAACAUUCCCUUAAAGGGAUAUUCUGGCGUAAAAUUAAUUUAAGGUCAAACACACCGUGACACAGAGUUAGACACCCCCUCGAGAGAUGAAUGUUGCCGACCGCUUGCUUCUCUAGUGAUGCCAACUUUAGUAACAACCGCAUGAUAGUAAUACACAGUGAUCUGAGGAGCCAUAUACAAACCUCACCCAAAACCAUCUCUCUUUCAGCAGCUGCCUGUUUGUAGCGAGACCUCAGGCCAGUCCAUUACGGACUGCUGUGGGGUGACGCAGCUCAAGGAAGAACAUUUAUGAUCACUUCUUCAUGGAAAUGCAAUCAGACCGAGAUGCUAAGGCAGAAGAACUACCGCGUCUGCAGUGCAAAAUGAUUAAUAUGAGGAUUAUUCCUUCAAGGAAAUGAUAAAGAAAUGAUCAUAAAUGUUCUUCCUUGAGCUGCGUCACCCCACUGUAGUCCAUAAUGGACUGGCCUGACGUCUCGCUACAAACAAGCGGCUGCUGGAAGAGAGUAGGUGAGUUGUGUUUAGACUCUUCGCUAAAGAAAUUAGGCAAAGCUAAAAAGAUGUUUGGUGGCUAGUGCUGUGGCUGGGACCCUAUAUGUACUGUUGAUGAAGUUAGGUGCUGUUCUAAGCAUUAUUUGUGGCUAUAGAGUGGCGUUUUGGGUGAGGUUUGUAUAUGACUCCUCAGACUGCUGUGUAUUGCUAUCCUGCGGUCGUUACUAAAGUUGGUAAAACUAGAGAAGCAAGCGGUCGUCAACAUUCAUCUCUCGAGGGGGUGUCUAGCUCUGUGUUACAGUGUGUUUGACCCGAAAUUAAUUUUAUCCCGUAAUAUCCCUUUAACACUUCCCAUUUAUUGUGUUAUUACAACAUUGUCUCUUUGAACAGGUUGCUGGAGAGCAGAAGUACCACCCUGAAUGCUUCACCUGUGUGAGCUGUGAAAUGUUAAUUGGCGACGGAGACACCUACACACUUGUUGAACGCACCAAACUCUACUGGUGAGUUUGAAUCUUGAGGGUAAAAAUGAGUUGUCAAAAUACUGGAAUAGAAAAUGUGUAUUUUCUGAUCAUAAUGGUUUCAAAGAGGGCCUCUUCUUUCAUCUCAUGAUCUGCCUGUUGUGUGCAGUGGCCACUGUUUCAGCAAGGGUGUAGAAUCAACCACAAGGCCAGCCUCUCCACUCAGCAAGAGCCCCCAUUUGGUGGCACUGGUGUCUUUCCCUCCUCACAAAGGUGGUCAAAGAGGCCUGACUGUGGCCACUGACCUCAGCCAAGAGAAAGGUCUUCAUGUCACAGUAAUAGGGUAAGUCCCCUUGUCUAUGACAGUGCCACGUGUAAAUUUUGCAUGAACUCUAAAUUUACUUACUUUAUUCAAAUAGUUUCAACAGCCAAGCUCAUUUGCUGUCCUAUCGAAACUGAUGGAAUUGGAUGCAAUUUAUGAUCCUGGAGAAUGAAAACCCGAUAUUCCCUGAGCUGUGUUAAUCCUAAUGGUUGGCAGAGCACAACUUCACUGGUUGAAAAUGAAACUUCAGUUUAAUCAAAGUCCAUUGAAAACCUUUUAGACCUUUUCUCUUCACUUGAUUUAUUUCCCCGGCAAUAAUUGGUCUCAAACUUAAGUUGCAACUCUUCCACAAUACAGCCUGAUUUUCACUUCGUAAAUUGUGAUCCCAUUUUGAAUCAGCUAAUCUCUACAGAUUAUACAGUACCUUAAAAUUUGGAAUCUGAUGGGGAAAGAGUGGGAAGUGUCAGGUUUCCAUUUGUAUAGUGCCUGUAAUCCUAGAAGUAUAACAAGCAGCAAGCAGGUUUUUUAAUAAGAAAAGUGGGACUUACGGAGAGCAAAAUCAGGCAUAAUACCGCAAAAACAUCUGAGCUCUGCCUGAAAGUAAUCGGACCACAACUCAUCUUAAUUUCCAAAUCACUUUUGAUUUUAAAACUUUGAGGAAAGCAUCAGAACUUUUUGAUCCAAUCUCUGUUUGACAAACAAGAAUUUGAAAUGUUGUCUUUUUCCCUCAAGGACAAAUCAGACAAAGUUUGCACUUAACUAUUUACAAAUCUUCAUCAGUAUGUUGUUAUUUUUUGGAAAACUUAAGACCUGUUACUCCUCUGUAACUCAAAAGAGAAUAGGUUUCUAUACCAGGCUUAUACCUCUGAAGGCCCCAGUGGAGUCUCUGUGUAAUGCACAGUCUACUGUUAAACUGAAACUUGUUGCGUAAACCAGACAGUAAAGCACGGUACGGUUUAAAGAUGCAACCACUGGCCCAAAAAAAAAAACAGUAUUGCACACACCCAUGGGUGACUUCAUAGGGGAAUUGUCCUACCCUACUUUUAGUGUUCACUUACUGAUUAUCAUUCUCCUUCAGGUUAGACUCAGAAAUCCUUGGCACCGACAUGCCGUCCACCAUACACCCUGGCGACCGAGUAUUAGAGGUUAAUGGUACACCUGUCUGCGGCAUUUCAGUAGACGAAGUAAGCCUCAAACUGCCCUCUGUUUCUUCAAUGUUAUGAAAAAAUCCAUAGCUAAACGUCUGUACAUUUUCAAAUGGAUAUAUCCUCUAUUCUAGAUAAACUGUGUGAUUCAGGACACAAGCAAACCACUGCAGCUGACCAUUGAACACAACCCACAGUCCUCUGACAGUCUACUACCAUCAAAUAAUGCCCCAGAAGAUGUCAGCUGUCUUGACCCCUGUGUCCACAGCAAACUUAAUUCAGCCCACAAACUUCCAAGUCUGGAGGAAGAGCCAAGUCAAGAGGAGACAGAAGAAUCAAACAGAAUGAGCCUUUCACCACCUCAGCAACAAGGGACAAUGGGAAUACGAUCCAGACACAUUCAGUAAGUGCAGACUCUGAGUUCACUUCUAGUUUUUCCUCUGCUCUUUUAUUCCUCAUAUGUUAUUCUCCUACACAGGCGCAGCUGUAGUAUAGAUAAGUGUCCAUUGUCCCCUGGAGCACUAUCGCUUGUAUCUCAAAGAAGAGACAUGGUUCGCUCUGAGUCCCUGCGAGUAGACCCCGGAGAUCGCACCCAUCGCAUCUUCAGACCUUCAGACCUCAUCCAUGGAGAAGUGUUAGGCAAAGGCUUCUUUGGACAGGCUGUCAAGGUAGCACAGAACAUUUCUAUCAUCAUUUUGUCAGUUUCAUGGUAACGGCUGACUUUGUGUCAGUUCUUCAUUGCGUUGAUAUCAAUUGGCUUGUUGAUUUAUCUGUUACUGUCAAGGUAACACACCAGGAGACAGGGGAGGUGAUGGUGAUGAAAGAGUUGAUACGGUUUGAUGAAGAGACACACAAGACUUUCUUAAAGGAGGUAAGAAAACUGGCCGAUGCACAAGCCAUGGUGCACAUGAAAACUUAUAGGUCUCGGUCAAAGGAGAUGAUGCUUUUCUGCAGCUCGCCACAGGUUUUAGUAAGGGUGAGGAACCGUUUAAAAAUAUACAACCAAUUCCUUAUACCACUGCACUAACAGUGAUGCUGAUACCGAGUACUUUUCUGGUACCUUCUUUAUCCCACUUUACUUAACAGACAUCUUUUAAAUGGGAACAAUAAGUUGCAUUAAAUGGUGCCAACACUACUCCUCUCUUAAUACAUUCAACCGUUCAUUUCAUCAAUUUGUCGGUAAUAUUACCUUACACAGUUUUAAACCCAUGCCACUUUUUUAAUUUCAACAACAAUGAUGAAGUAUUUGUCUAACAACAGUUGCGUCAAUGUGCACAGGUUAAGGUGAUGCGCUGCCUGGAUCAUCCAAACGUCCUAAAAUUUAUUGGACUGUUUUAUAAAGACAAGCGAAUCAACUUCGUCUCUGAAUACAUCAAAGGAGGAACUCUCCGGGAGACCAUCGUAAAAAUGGUAGGUUAAAAUACAUCUCAUGAUUCUGUGUAAACAAUCUCAGUGGCAUUUAAGUCAUAAUCUUGAUGUUACAGGAUAAGGAGUUUCCUUGGAGGACAAGAGUGAGUUAUGCCAAAGACAUAGCUGCUGGAAUGGUGAGUCUACAAGGAUGUUUGUUCUAAAGGUAAAAGAUUAAUCAGCUACUACCAACCCUAACGCAUAUAUCUAAAAUUUCUUUUCAGGCCUAUCUACACUCCAUGAACGUCAUCCAUCGAGAUCUAAACUCACACAACUGCCUUGUCAAAGAGGUAAACUGCUGGUUUAAACAUCUAAAUUAACAGCGUUCCCAAUGUUUUGCUGUGCUACAUUGAUUGACAAUUAAAAAAAAUGAAAAAGCAGAUUUCCUUGCUGCAUUUUAGUAGAUAUUAUGGUCUUGGGAAGAAACUAGACAAGGGUUAUAUAUUUGCAGCCAGUUCCUUUAUGAUCAAAUUUCAAAAUGGUAAAAUGUAGUAACAGGUUAAAUUGAAAUCAAUCAAUCAAUCAAGACAUGCUACUGACAUUUCACUCCGUCUCUUUCUCAUUUUCACCCUCCACAUGUUCAGAACCAGACUGUGGUCGUGGCUGACUUUGGUCUGGCCAGACUGGUGAUGGAAGACAGAAAUCAGAGUCGAAUAUCAUCUCUGGAACGCCCUGGAAAGGGGACUCUGACAGAGCUCCGCAAGACUGACCGGAGGAAGCGGUACACUGUGGUGGGGAACCCAUACUGGAUGGCUCCUGAGAUGAUCCAUGGUAAGGGCAUUCAAUUAAAGUAGAGGAUUCUCAAGAUAAGCAUUACCAUAGUAGUUUUUGUCAUGAGCAAACAAGUAUGGUUAAAUAAAAUCAUGCGGGAAUGUAUAGCAUGAGGGGGAGUGUUAUAGUUGUACAACAUCCUCACAAGAGUUAUGCCUUUUAUGAUUAAUGCUUUUUUUUAAAUGACAGAAGUUUUUAAAAUAAACCUUUCAUGAAGUGCAGCACACCACUCUGGUUGUCGCAUAUUUUAAGUUAAUAAGUUUUGAAACAGCACUGACAGGUCUAAGAUUAAGAGCAGGUCUGCCAAUGGCCAAUAUGUAAUGCCCCUAUCAAGUUGUUGUUGCACAUAUAUUUAACACCCAGUGACUGUUUUAAACUGGCACCAUGGAUGAGGCUACCUGCAGUGUCGGCAGACAUCAUCUGUUUAUUUUUUUUGAUGAACCUCAUGCUGACUAUUUCAAAAUGCAUCAAUGUCAAGUGUUUAAAUAUCAUCUAGGGUCACUUGGGACGGUAAAGAUGUUCACAGUUCCCAUCUUUUCUCUGCAUCUUUUCUUUUCUCUCAUAGGGAAAAGCUAUGAUGAACGGGUUGACGUGUUUUCCUUUGGCAUUAUGAUAUGUGAGGUAAGAAAAUCUGAGAAAAAAAAAUGCACUUAGUCUCCAAGAAUUACAGAAAUGUGGUGUUUAAAAAGAUCUCAGAAAUUCCUUUUAAAGUGCUGUGUAAAUAUGAAAGAAACAUGCCCAUAUUGUGAAAAUUUUUACAUCAAAUCAGCAUUCUAUCCAGUUUAAAGCUAAAUUUGUAUCUCUCUUUCUUAGAUUAUAGGAAGAGUGAAUGCAGACCCAGACUACCUUCCCCGGUCUAAUGACUUUGGCUUAAAUGUAGCAGCUUUCCUGCAGCAGUACCACCCUCCACAGUGCCCGUCAGCUUUCCUGCCGCUGGCAGUCCUCUGCUGUGACAUGGACGCUGAUAAACGGUAUAUAACCUACAUAUUUCUUACCAUAGACUUAAAUUACUUUAUUAAAGUAUGAGCUGUGUGAAUAAUGCUUGGUUGGACCGAGACUGAGUACCACUGUGGAGUGUCUGGGUUGUGUGCUGGCCAAACAGUGAAUUCUGUGAUUAGCAAUGCAUUACCAACAAGAUGAAUCAACACUGUGCGACGUUGUGUGCAAAAUGAAGUCAAUACAUUAAUGCUAAUGAACAUCGCAGUCUCUUCAAUAACUCUUCACUACAGCUGUAUGCUUUUUUUUCUUCCAGUCCAUCAUUUUCGAAGCUAGAGGAGUGGCUGGGGAACCUGCUGAUGCACAUGGACAUCGGUCUGCCUCUGCUCUCUGAAUUUGAGCAGCUCCGCAGAACAUUCUGGAGCAAUCAAAACCACCAACACCACUCUCACAACUCGGGCACAACUGUUGACUCUCAUGAACAAACUAACUACUCCAGGACACACAAAAAAAGCCCUGACACCAAGUUAUGUUCGGACGCUGCAAUCAAUCAUAGAGAGCAUGAACACUUGUCCCAGAGUCUUCACCAAAGUAGCACAACCAACAGCCAUACGGACAACGAGCAACACUCACAGGACACAAAUGACACAAAGACUGAGCACAACACCCAAGCUUAUUUAGGUAGAAAAUCUGGAGAACACUCAGAAGACAAGAGUCAGUUUUGCAAGUCUGCAAGCACAAAGUCAAGCAGGAAUGGGUCUGAAACCAAUAAACACAGCAACCCCUCAGGACAAUCAACUGCCAAGAAUGAGUCCUCAAAACUGCUGCAAGUCAACAACUUGCAGCUGGAUCAGUCUAACAGGCCCAGGAGGAUAUGCAAAGUUCUGUGGGCCAGCUCAGUGGAGGACAACUCUUUUCUCUAA